GCAAAAGGGUUUGCUUCUGAACGGUGGGAAAAAGGACAGAGGGAGCGGCAGAGAAACAGCGGCAGGGAAAAGCGUGGCAGCAGCUGGAUCCCCGGGAGGUCUCCUUAGAAGGAGAAGCCUCCCUUCAUCGCCAAGUUAAUACAGGCAUGUUUUCACAGACAGAGGUGACCCGAGGGAAGGGGAAGGAGAUGGAAGAGCAGGACCCAGAAGGCCCUGGAACUGGCAAGUGAGCAAGGAAGAGCCCCCAUCCCGUCCCACCUAGAAGUGGUGUGGAAUUCUGGGAAACGGCUGUGCCAGAGAUCUUGGCUAAGGACACCAUGACCUCAGAUGCGCAUUGCCGACGCUUUCGGCAGUUCUGCUACCAUGUGGCCGAUGGGCCCCGAGAAGUUUGCAGCCAGCUCCAUGGACUUUGCAGCCAGUGGCUGGAGCCGGAGAGGCACACCAAGAAGCAGAUCGUGGAGCUGGUGAUCUUGGAGCAGUUUCUGACUCUCCUUCCCCAGGAAAUGCAGGGCUGGGUCAGAGGAUGUGGGCCGGAGACCAGUUCCCAGGCAGUGGCCCUGGCCGAAGGUUUCCUCCUGAGCCAGGCAGAGGAGAAGAGGCAGGCAGAACAGAUGCGGGGACCACCUUUGGAGAUGGAAGCUGCAAUCCCUGAGGCAGAAGGAGCUUCCUUGGAGCAGAGGCAGAGGGUGGAGGCGGUGGAGCGUUCCCAAGAUGCCCUCUCCUGUGGAACAGGCCGUGAAGAGAUGCUGUUGAGCCUUCGUCUUUUCAGAGGGGUGGAAACAGCAGCUGCACAACCAGUCCAGGGUCCCUUUUCCUUGGAGGAGGUGUCCGUCUCUUUCACGGAGGCAGAGUGGGCCCUGCUGGAUCCGGGACAAAGAGCUCUCUACUGGGAAGUCAUGCUGGAGAACUAUUGGAAUGUGGCCUUUCUGGCAGAGGAUGAUCAGAGGAACGAGGAGGGUGAGGAACUUCAUCAGCAAACAGCAAAUAGAUUUAAAAAAGAAGACUUGAAAGAAAAAGUCAGGAAUCAAAGGAGACUGAAGAGAAAGAAAGGAAGCUGUAUGGUUGAGAGGAGAGAUGGAAGACAACAUAAUGUACAAAUCCCAAAACAGAGGAUAAUGAAGGCAAGUGAAUCCAUUCAGUGUGGAAACUACUUCAGAAAUAGAGCACUGCUCCUUGUGCACCAAAGACUACACAGAGAUGAGAAACCUUUUGAAUGCUCAGAGUGCAGAAAGAGAUUCAGUCACUAUGGCAUUCUUCAACUGCACCGAAGUACCCACACAGGGGAGAGACCAUAUGAAUGCUCAGAGUGUGGGAAAAGAUUCAGUCAGAGAGGCACUCUUCAACUUCAUCAUAGAACACACACAGGGGAGAAACCUUUUGAAUGCUCAGAGUGCGGAAAAAGAUUCAGUUUGAGUGGCAAUCUUCAAAAGCAUCGUAGAACCCACACAGGGGAGAAACCUUUUGAAUGUUCAGAAUGUAAAAAAAGAUUCAGCCAGAGUUGCCAUCUUGAACUGCAUCAGAGAACUCACACAGGGGAAAAACCUUUUGAAUGUUCAGAGUGUGGAAAGAGAUUCAGUGACAGGAGCAGUCUUCUACGUCAUCAGAGAAUCCACACAGGAGAGAAACCUUUUGAAUGCUCAGAGUGUGGAAAGAGAUUCAGUGAAAGGAAAAAUCUUCAACGGCAUCAAAGAACCCACACAGGGGAGAAACCUUUUGAAUGUUCAGAAUGUGGAAAGAGAUUCAGUGAGAAAGGCACUCUUCAACAUCAUCAGAGAACCCACACAGGGGAGAAACCUUUUGAAUGUUCAGAGUGUGGAAAGAGAUUUAGUUUGAGUGGCAAUCUUCAAAAGCAUCAAAGAAUCCACACAGGGGAGAAGCCUUUUGAAUGUUCAGAGUGCGGAAAGAAAUUCCGUCAGAGAGGCAAGCUUCAGCAUCAUCAUAGAACCCACACAGGGGAGAAACUUUUUCAAUGUUCAGAGUCUGGAAGGAGAUUCAGUUUGAGUGGCAAUCUUCAGAAGCAUCAGAGAACCCACACAUGGGAGAAACCUUUUGAAUGCUCAGAGUGUGGAAAGAGAUUCAGUUUGAUUGGCAGUCUUCAAAAGCAUCAAAGAACCCACACAGGGGAGAAACCUUUUGAAUGCUCAGAGUGUGAAAAGAGUUUCAGUCAGAGUGGGCAGCUUCAACAUCAUCAGAGAACCCACACAGGGGAGAAACCUUUCAAAUGCUUAGAGUGUGGAAAAAGAUUCAGUCGGAGUGACAGUCUUCAACAUCAUCAGAGAACCCACAUAGGGGAAAAACCUUAUGAGUGCUCAGGGGAGAAACCUCUGGAAUGUUCAGAGUGUGGGAAGAGAUUCAAUAAAAACCAUAGUCUUCGACAGCAUCAAAGAAUCCACACAGGGGAGAAACCUUUUGAAUGCUCGGAGUGUGGGAAAAAAUUCAGUAGGAAUGCUUAUCUUCAACGACAUCGAAAAAUUCACACGAGGGAGAAACCUUUUGAAUGCUCAAAGUGCAGAAAGAGAUUCAGUCGGAGAUCUUCAUUGCUGUGUCAUCAAAACAUCCACAGAGGAGAGAAACCUUUUGAAUGCUCAGAGUGUGGAAAGAGAUUCGGUCAGAGUGGCAAUCUUCAACUUCAUCAUAGAACCCACACAGGGGAGAAGCCUUUUGAAUGCUCAGAGUGUGGAAAGAGAUUCAGUCAUCAUAGCAGUCUUAAACUGCAUCAGCAAACCCACACAGGGGAGAAACCUUUUGAAUGCUCCGAGUGUGGAAAGAGAUUCAUUUCUAGGGGCAGUCUUUAUCGUCAUCAAAGCAUCCACAGAGGAGAGAAACCUUUUGAAUGUUCAGAGUGUGGAAAGAGAUUCAAUAUGAGUAGCAGUCUUCAGCGGCAUCAAAGAACCCACACAGGGGAGAAACCUUUUGAAUGUUCAGAGUGUGGAAAGGGAUUCAGUACAAAUGGCAAUCUUCAAUUGCACCAAAGAACCCACACAGGAGAGAAACCUUUCGAAUGUUCAUUGUGUGGAAAGGGAUUCAGUUUGAGUAGCCGUCUUGAACGUCAUUAUAGAACCCACACAGGGGAGAAACCUUUUCAAUGUUCAGAGUGUGGAAAGAGAUUCAGUUUGAGUAGCCAUCUUGAACGUCAUCAUAGAACCCACACAGGGGAGAAACCUUUUCAAUGUUCAGAAUGUGGAAAGAGAUUUAGCCACAGUGGCAAUCUUCAGCUGCAUUGCAGAACCCACACAGGGGAGAAACCUUUUGAAUGCUCGGAGUGUGGAAAGAGAUUCAGUCAGGGUGGCCACCUUCAGCUGCAUCAGAGAACGCACACAGGGGAGAAGCCUUUUGAAUGCUCAGAGUGUGGAAAGAGAUUAAGUCAUCAUAGCAGUCUUAAACUGCAUCAGCAAACCCACACAGGGGAGAAACCUUUUGAAUGCUCCGAAUGUGGAAAGAGAUUCAUUUCUAGGGGCGGUCUUUAUCGUCAUCAAAGCAUCCACAGAGGAGAGAAACCUUUUGAAUGUUCAGAGUGUGGAAAGAGAUUCAAUAUGAGUAGCAGUCUUCAGCGACAUCAAAGAACCCACACAGGGGAGAAACCCUUUGAAUGUUCAGCGUGUGGAAAGGGAUUCAGUACAAAAGGCAAUCUUCAACUGCACCAAAGAACCCACACAGGAGAGAAACCUUUUCAAUGUUCAGAAUGUGGAAAGAGAUUUAGCCAGAGUGGCAGUCUUCAGCUGCAUUGCAGAACCCACACAUUCCAAGAGACUUUAUCCUUCAUUGUGCACGAGAGAAGUCAUAUCGGAGAGCGAAUAUACAAGUGCUCGCAGUGCGUGAGAGCGUAUUCUUCCAACAUCGACCUCGUCUUACACCAGAAGAGCCACACAGCAGAGAAGUCCCAGCGAUGUACUUCGGAUGGUGAGAAAUGCUCCAGUCGGAAUGCUCCCGUUUCAGCGCACCAAAGAGCAUGUCUGGCGGAGAAGUUUGGCUUCGGGAGCAGCGGAGGCGACCCAGGGGCAGAGGUGUCCGCUCAAGAAGCCCAAGAUCAGGCCGUCCUGCAGCAGGUCCAGUUGGCUUUGUAUGGCGCUCCAGGACCAAUGGGACAUACUGACGAAUCUGGGCUCUUGGUGGGUAUGAGCAGCGGGGGAAACAAUGGAGAUGUGGGACCAUGUGGGCUUCUUGGAGAACUCGUAGGUGCCGCCCUGCCCUCGGUAACUGCAAGGGUUUCUGGGAAAGAUGGCACAGCAACGGACUCAGCAAAAGCCCAGUUGCUGCGUGCACCGCCUUCAGUUUUGGAAAAUUCAAAGGAUCUGGACACUGGACGCUGUGGUUUGCUGGACCCCACAGAGCCUGAAGGAAUCGCUGUCCCACCGGUGCCACAAGGGGAGCCAGAUCCCCCCAGUGAGCAGGAAAUGCCAGGGACUCAGGGCGUUGACGGCAUCCAUGGAUUGAAAGGGCACCAAGGGGAGAAGGCAGAAGAAGGAUUUCCUGGCUUCAGUGGGGACACGGAGAUGAAAGAUGACCAGGGAGAAGGAUUUCCCGGCAUCAAGGGGGACAUAGAGCUGAAAGACGACCAGGGAGAAGAAGGAUUUCCUGGCUUCAAGGGGGACACGGGGGUGAAAGACGACCAGGGAGAAGAAGGAUUUCCUGGCUUCAAGGGGGACACGGGGGUGAAAGACGACCAGGGAGAAGAAGGAUUUCCUGGCUUCAAGGGGGACACGGAGAUGAAAGAUGACCAGGGAGAAGAAGAAUUUCCUGGCUUCAAGGGGGACACGGGGGUGAAAGACGCCCAGGGAGAAGAAAGAUUUCCUGGCUUCAAGGGGGACACAGAGAUGAAAGACGACCAGGGGGAAGUUGGUGUCCCAGAAUCCCGAAGUAAGGACAGGCUGGAGGGUCCCAAAGGGUGGACAGACCCCACUGAAGAUCCCGGCCCCCUCGAGCUUCUUGAAGAGAAGGGGAAGCUGGGAGUUCCUGGCCUGCCUGACUGCCCAGGGAGACAAAGUCCCAAGGGAGAAGGAUUUCCCGGCAUCAAGGGGGACAUAGAGCUGAAAGACGACCAGGGAGAAGAAGGAUUUCCUGGCUUCAAGGGGGACACGGGGGUGAAAGACGACCAGGGAGAAGAAGGAUUUCCUGGCUUCAAGGGGGACACGGGGGUGAAAGACGACCAGGGAGAAGAAGGAUUUCCUGGCUUCAAGGGGGACACGGAGAUGAAAGAUGACCAGGGAGAAGAAGAAUUUCCUGGCUUCAAGGGGGACACGGGGGUGAAAGACGCCCAGGGAGAAGAAAGAUUUCCUGGCUUCAAGGGGGACACAGAGAUGAAAGACGACCAGGGGGAAGUUGGUGUCCCAGAAUCCCGAAGUAAGGACAGGCUGGAGGGUCCCAAAGGGUGGACAGACCCCACUGAAGAUCCCGGCCCCCUCGAGCUUCUUGAAGAGAAGGGGAAGCUGGGAGUUCCUGGCCUGCCUGACUGCCCAGGGAGACAAAGUCCCAAGGGAGAAGAAGGAUUUCCUGGCUUCAAGGGGGACACGGAGAUGAAAGAUGACCAGGGAGAAGACAGAUUUCCUGGCUUCAAGGGGGACACAGAGAUGAAAGACGACCAGGGGGAAGUUGGUGUCCCAGAAUCCCGAAGUGAGGACAGACUGGAGGGUCCCAAAGGGUGGACAGACCCCACUGAAGAUCCAGGCCCCCUCGAGCUUCUUGAAGAGAAGGGGAAGCUGGGAGUUCCUGGCCUGCCUGACUGCCCAGGGAGACAAAGUCCCAAGGGAGAAGGAUUUCCCGGCAUCAAGGGGGACAUAGAGCUGAAAGACGACCAGGGAGAAGAAGGAUUUCCCGGCUUCAAGGGAGACACGGGGGAGAAAGACGACCAGGGAGAAGAAGGAUUUCCCGGCUUCAAGGAAGACACGGGGGAGAAAGAUGACCAGGCAGAAGAAGGAUUUCCUGGCUUCAAGGGGGACACGGAGAUGAAAGACGACCAGGGAGAAGGAUUUCCCGGCUUCAAGGGGGACACACAGAUGAAAGAUGACCAGGGAGAAGGAUUUCCUGGCUCCAAGGGGGACAUGGGGGUGAAAGACGACCAGGGAGAAGAUGGAUUUCCCGGCUUCAAGGGUGACAUGGGGUUGAAAGACGACCAAGGGGAAGUUGGUGUCCCAGGAUCCCGAGGUGAGGACAGGCUGGAGGGUCCCAAAGGGCGGACAGAUCCCCCUGAAGAUCCAGGCCCCCUGGAACUUGUUGGAGAGAAGGGGAAGCUGGGAGUUCCUGGCCUGCCUGACUGCCCAGGGAGACAAAGUCCCAAGGGAGAAGCCUCAGAUCAUAAGCAGGUGGAUCAUAGGAAGUUUUCACAGACCGAGGAGACCCAAGAGAAGAGGAAGGCGAUGGAAGAGCAGGUCCCAGAAGGACCUGGAAUAGGCAAAAAAGCAAGGGAAAGCCCCCAUCCCAUCCAACCUGAAAGUGGUGCUGAAUUCUGGGGAAAAGCCGUGCCAGAGGUCUCAGCUAAGGACACCGUGACUCCAGAUGUGCAUUGCCGACGCUUCCGGAAGUUCCGCUACCAUGAGAUGUGGGGACCAUCCGUGAAGACAGAAGCUACAUUCCCUGAGGCGGAAGGCGCUUCCUUGGAGCAAGGGCCGAGGACGCAGGCCGAAGAGUAUGCCCAAGAUGCCCUCUCCUUUUUCACAGUCAGUGAAGAGAUGCUGUUGAGCUAUCGUCUUUUCAGAGGUGUGGAAAUGGCUGCCGAUCCUCCAGUCCAGGACGUGUCCGUCUCUUUCACUGAGGGAGACUGGGCCUUACUGGAUCCAGAACAAAGUGCUCUGUACAAGGAAGUUACUCUGGAGAACUAUGAGAAUGUGGCCUUUCUGGGGAUGCCAGCCUCCAGGAGGCUGCGGGCUUCUAUUGCGUCCUCUACCCCCCAAAAUGAGCCCCCCCUUCGACGGAAGUCUCGCCCCCAUCGAUCACGUGUCGGGGAGCGCAACGAAUGGCAUUGCUCUUCCGUACACGAAGAAGGCUUUCUUCACAGCCAAGUGAAUAACGGCAUAUUUUCACAGACAGAGGUGACCUAA